AGCAGCAGCAGCAGGAGCCGCCGAACACCGCCGCAGACGGCCGCGCCCGCAACAGUCGCGUUCCAACCGUACCGCCGCCCGGUCGCAAACCGUCGCCCGGCACACCACGCAAACAGUUAUAAUAAUAGUAUCGUUGUACGCGCGACUAUACACACAAACACGUAUAUAACACGUCGCGUAUUGUACGUCACGAUAAUUUCCGCGCAUUGUCGCGUGUGUGUCCGAGUGAUCUGCGUGAGUUACUGGAAGCCGAGUCGCACUGCCGCCGCUGCAGGCAUAAUCGUUUGGGUGUUCGUCGAUUUUUUGUCCGUUUUUUCCGCGCAUGUCGACGGUAUCUGUGUAUUGCAGCUAUUAUCGACUCGAUCCGGAAAUCGACCGCCGUAUCCGGUUCCGCGCACCCGCGCGAGUGCAGUGAUUUAUUCCAGUAUAAUAUUGCGACCGUUGCAGUGCGUUUAUUUAUAUUUUUUUAUGUACAUUACGCGUCGUACGUAUAGGUACGCGCGUAUCGCGAUUGUAGGCAUAUAAUCGGUAUUUCACCGACCGGUGUACGGCAGUAGCACGCGGUUAUAUAAACGCGAUUCGUUUCGACUACCGUCGUCCGCGUAUAUAUCGGCACAUCAUAGCGUCGCAUCAUAAUAUCGUCUGCACCAUGAUCAUGGAUUCGUCGAACGCUGGCGCGGAGUCUACCGGCUCCGGCAGCGACCGCAGCAGCAACGUGUCGACCAGUCCGCCGCCGCCGUCGUCCACGUCGUCCCAACAGCAGUUACAGCAACAGCAAAUGCAGCAAAUGCAGCAGCAACCGGCCACGGGCCCGUCGUCGGUGGGUGGUGGCAGCAGCGUGGGUGGCAACAAGGACGGCAGUCCAAGAGACGAACGGGGAAACAGUCCGAUGAUGAGCCUCAUCAACACGUCACAGCAUCACCCCAUCAUCACGCCAACGCGAGGCCUCAGCCCGCCGGUGGCGCAGACGUCUUCGCCGGUGGUGCCGGCUCCGGUAUCGUCGAUGAGCACUCUGGCAUCCCGCAUACCGAUGGGACUGUUCAACUCGCUGGUACACCACUCGUCGCCGCUUGACCUGAUGGCUAUGGCACAUCACCACCAGCAGCAACAGCAGCAGCAGCAGCAACAGCAACAACAACACCCGUCAUUGCAGCAGCAGCAGCAACACCCGCCGCGGUCGUACAACAGCCCGCCGCCGAUCAGCAGCACUGACCCGGCCGCCAACGAAUGCAAGUUGGUAGAGUACCGUGGCCAGAAAGUGGCCGCGUUCAUGAUAGCCGGCGACACGAUGCUGUGCUUGCCGCAGGCGUUCGAGUUGUUCCUCAAGCACUUGGUCGGCGGCCUGCAUACCGUCUACACCAAGCUCAAGCGGCUCGACAUCGUACCGCUCGUGUGCAACGUCGAACAGGUACGCAUACUCCGCGGCAUGGGCGCCAUUCAGCCAGGUGUGAACAGGUGCAAGCUGCUCUCGUGCAAGGACUUCGACACGCUGUACAGAGACUGCACAACCGCCAGGUGCAUGAUGUCGCACAAGCCGACUGACAGUUCUCGGCCCGGAAGACCGCCCAAGAGAGCGUCGUCCGUGGGCCUGUCUCUGGCCGCGUCGGCCUCGCACUUGAGUCAUCAGCUGAAGAAACACCGUCUGGAAAACGGAGACUACGUCGCCGGAGUUUACGAAAACGGACAUUUGCAAGAUUCACCCCGCAUGGAAAAAUCGCCGCUGCUGGCCAACGGAUACAAUCAGCCGCCCACACACCUCGGACACAUGCAGUACAUGCAGCAGUUCAGCCACCAUCACCAUCAUCCGGCGGCCGCGCACGCCAUCAUGAACCCGGCCGGUCUGUCGCACCCCGCGUUACCCCGUCCAGACGCACAGCUACUUAAGAGCCAAGGACUCUCCAUGGAAGCGUUGGCCAGUUCGGGUAUAUGGGAAAAAGCGUACGCCGGCUUCAUGAAACAACUAGAAAGAGCCAACGAUGAACGAGUGGGCGACAUGAAUCGCGCGCUAAACUUUGAUCAGAAAGCAAGAGAUUUGACAUCGCAAAACGGUUCGUCCGAAGGGCACAGCCCCGUGUUGAACUUGUCCAAAACCGGAGGCGAUCAUUCGGGACCGGCCAGCGAUCAUUCGGCUGGCGGUAACACAAACGUCGACGACGAAGACGACCUGGACGAGGACGAUGACAACAUUUCCGACGGCGAAGAAGACGACAUCAAGGAUCACGACCUCAGCGACAAUCCGGACGUGGGGGGCAAUAGCAGCGCACACGGUAGCGUCACGCCCCCGCCACAGGCGCUGAACUUCGGUUCCGCCGGAUCCGGGGACAUGGGUUUGCCGUACAUGACCACCGAGUCGCUGCUCCGGAAGAUACAAGCCCUGCUUAAAGCCGCCGCCGACAAGAUCCGAGACGACGACCGCGCGUUGAACUUCGAAAAAGCCGAGUUGAAAAUGGACGUGCUCCGUGAAAGGGAAGUCAAAGGAAGUCUAGAACGACAGUUGGUCGACGCCCAAAAACUGCGGGUCGUUUACCAAAAGCGUCUGCGCAGAGAGAGGAAAGCCAGGAAACGCGUACAGGAUCAGCUGGAACAAGAGUUGAAGCGGAGGGCUCAGCUGGAAGAGAUGAUCAAAGCGGCCGGUGCACCAGCAGACGCACUCCGCGUACUAACAGAGAACAACAACGAAAAGCCGAGGGACAGGUCCGAACAGUCGCAGAGCCCGCAAAACUAUUCGUCGGGACAAGUGCAACGGGGUUCGGAGACGUCCAACGACAAGCAAUGGAACUAUUCGGGACUGGACCUGAUGAGCUCGUCUGGGGCUGCCGCAUUCUGGCAAAACUAUUCCGAAACGUUUGCGCAGGAGCUCGAUCUGGAACGGAAAGCCAGGCAGCAACAGUCUGCCCAACAGAAUCAACAACAGAGCCAACACUCGGACAGAGACAUCAAAUCACCCGUUCCAGACAACAGAGCUGCAAAAUUUUUCAAUAAUUCCGUAUUGUUCAGCACUGCAACAUAAUAGAAUUAUGCGGGACGUAGUUUAAAAAUUUUAAAUAAAAUUUGAAUUGUACUUAAUAAACAAUAUUAGUGAAGA